UUCAGGUUAAAGUUGUCCAGAAUCUCACAGAAGAAGCAGAGUCUCCACCAGCACAACCCCAAAUUGGACAAAAAAUACAAACUGUGCAGCGGCAGCAACCAGCACGCUCACGUAAAUACAAAAGGAUCACAAGGAAGAACAUGAAAGGAGAAGUUAUUUCAGUUAAAAAGAUCCCAGUUGAUGAACACGGCAAUCAAAUUGGACCUCCAGUCACAGAAUUUGAAGCCAAUGAGUCUUAUAUAGAGAGCACAAAUACUGCUGCUUCGGUGUCUAGCAAUCAACAGCAGCGAGUGCCAGUUGUGAAGACAUUACGUCAGAUAGUUAGGAAAGUACCAGCAAAUCGACAACAAACACAGCAGCAGCAACAGCAAGCGCCACCAGCAACCCACCAACAGGUCAAGCUAAGAGAAAUUCCACAAGCUGAUCAGAGCAAAGCACAGACUCCACAGGGCAAAAUUGUAAAGAGAAUGGUUGUGUCCACUGGAGAUGUAUCGUCGCAGUCAAAUCAAGCAGGACGUCGCAUUGUGACAACUGGAGCCCCAAAAGGGAAUAACAGCAGCAGCAAUACUGUCCACAGACCAGGAAGCGGUAUCCGGAGGGUGAUCACACAGACGCCAGCAUCACAGACAGGAAACACAGAAGGGUACCAUACUGUCCAUCUGUGUGAUCUACCGACCAAUCUCACAUUAACAGACAUAACUCAGAUGGUGAACAGUGCAGGAGUUGGGCAGCCUUUGGUUUUCAGCUCUAGGUCUUGUGUGUUCGAGAGGGUUGCGGCUAGAUGGGGAGUACUAGAAAGGCAUGGAGCAAAUUGCAUUAGGAGUGGUGCCCCGGGGAUACGCCUUAGCCAUGCCCAAGCUGCAUGUAGAGAGAUCCUUGGCAGUGAGCUGGAGGGUAUAAGGGCAGCUGGCACGUGGAAGACUGAGCGAGUCAUCACGUCGAAGCAAGCUGUCAAUAUCAGUGUCCAGGGCCAGAGUGGGCAAGUUCUCAAUUUCUGCGCCAAUAAUUAUCUGGGGUUGUCUAGUCACCCGGAGGUAGUCCAAGCUGGAAAAGAAGCUCUGGAUAAAUAUGGUGCAGGACUAUCAUCCGUCCGUUUUAUUUGUGGCACACAAGACAUACAUAUGGAACUGGAGGAAAAGAUUGCAAAAUUUCACUGUCGUGAUGAUGCUAUAUUGUAUGCUUCAUGCUUUGAUGCAAAUGCAGGGCUAUUUGAAAUCCUCCUUACUCCUCAAGAUGCUGUGCUUUCUGAUGAAUUAAACCAUGCAUCCAUCAUUGAUGGUAUCAGGCUGUGCAAAGCUCAGAAGCACCGAUACAGACACAAGGAUAUGGAAGAUCUUGAGGCCAAGUUGCAGGAAUGUAAAAGUGCUCGCAUGAAACUAAUUGUAACUGAUGGAGUGUUCAGUAUGGAUGGAAAUGUUGCCCCACUACCAGCCAUAUGUGAACUAGCAGACAGAUACAAUGCCAUGGUCUUUAUUGAUGAAUGCCAUGCCACUGGAUUUUUUGGAGCAACUGGAAGGGGAACAGAAGAACACUUUGGAUUGGCUCCUGGUCGUGUUGACAUCAUCAACAGCACCCUUGGGAAAGCCUUGGGAGGAGCUGCUGGUGGAUAUACAACAGGUCCAAAGGAACUUGUUACUCUUCUGAGGCAGCGUGCAAGACCUUACCUGUUCUCUAACUCAAUACCUCCUCCAGUUGUAGCUUGUGCAAACAAAGUAUUUGACCUUCUUUUAGGAAGUGCAGGAUUUGCAGAAAAAGUCCAAGCUAAUACAGAUAGAUUCCGAUCACAGAUGACAGAGGCUGGUUUUACUAUUGCUGGGGAUAAUCACCCCAUCUGCCCUGUCAUGCUAGGAGAUGCUCGAUUGGCUUCACAGUUUGCUGAUGCAAUGCUCGCAAAAGGCAUAUAUGUGAUUGGCUUCAGUUAUCCUGUAGUGCCAAAAGGCAAAGCAAGAAUCAGAGUGCAGAUUUCAGCAUCCCAUUCAUUUGAUGAGGUUGAUUAUACAGUUGAAGCCUUCAAACAAAUUGGCAAGGAAUUGGGUGUUAUCAGCUGAAUAUGUCCCUGUUCUUUAUCAUUAAUCUGAUCAAAAGGGGUUAGCAACUUGUUGUUAGGUUAACUGAAUAAAAUGUUUAUCAUCAAAUGCCUAUCAGUAAUUGAACACACUAAAAAAAAGUGUCAGUGGCCUUGCCUGCACUACAAUCUCUGCUUACAUCAUCUUACAGACAUGUAAAUGAUCGUCUGCAGCAGGUAAACCACUCACUCUUCUUUAAUUUCACUGCCACUUUCGUCAUUUGCUUUAAAAUAACAAGGGAAAAAUUGUAGAAACUUCUGUAUGUUUGUUAUUUUUUUUAAAGUUUAAGAAAUGAAAAUUGAAACAUAUCAUCUACACCAUUUAAAAUGUAAUAACUAUGCACUUCAAAUCUCGAGUAUUAUGAAAUUAAAUUGUCAAUUUUAGUAACACAAGUUACAUUUGAAAAGGAUCUACAUCACAAAAAAAUUGUAAAAAUUAGUAAUAAAAAACCAAACAGGUGUGCAAAAUAAAACAAUACUUUCAUUCAGCACUUUUACAUGACUUUAUUUUCAGAUACAGCUUUGAUACCUCUACACUAAUUGUUUGGAUAUAUCCUAGGCAUUUUAUGUACAGGUUAUAGAGGAAUGUCACUAGUGCUUUCUAGACUAUUCAAAAUUCUCUUAUAACUGCACAAAAAGUUAAAAUUCUGUAUUAUAAGGUAUGACACCAAGUUUACAGGAAGUAUAAAUAAGCAUUUAACCCUUAAGUGAUCAUAAUAAAAAGAAG